AUGUUUGCUCUUCUCAUUUCUGACUGUGUUUGUUUGUUUUCCCAGCCUGAGGAAGAGCUCGAUCCUGAAGAGAGGGACAACUUCCUCCAACAGCUUUACAAGUUUAUGGAAGACAGAGGUACUCCUAUCAAUAAACCACCAGUUCUGGGCUACAAGGACCUAAAUCUCUUCAAACUUUUUCGGCUGGUUUAUCAGCAGGGUGGGUGUGACAAUAUUGAGAGUGGUGCUGUAUGGAAGCAAAUUUAUAUGGACCUUGGCAUUCCUAUUCUGAACUCAGCUGCUUCCUACAAUGUAAAAACUGCUUAUAGAAAGUAUCUGUAUGGUUUUGAGGAGUACUGUCGCUCUGCAAACAUUCAGUUCAGGACCAUCCACCACAAUGAGCCAAAGGUGGUAGAAGAGCCACAGAAACCCGUGGAACCAAUGGAGGAAAGUGGGAAAGAGGAACAGAAAAUGCCCCCAACGGAAGUUAAAAAAGAAGCAGAAGAAAAUUACUCCAGCAGUGAAAGUGAAAAGGAAGAAGUAGAACUGAGAUCCCCCAGGGGACGAAGGAGACUCGCCCGUGAUGCAACCCCUGCUAAAAAAGAUGGGGAAGAGGAUAAAACAGCAGACAAAUUAAAAGAGAGUGGCAGAGAGAACAAAGAUCCAGAGGAGACACCUGAGAACCCAGAGAAGAAAGACCACGAAACUCCACUGGGGAGGAAAAGCACACCAAAGCAAAAAGAGAGGAAAAUCAAAAAACAGGAGGAUUCUGACAGGGAGUCAGAUGAGGAGGAGGAGAGGCAGAGGGAGAGGGAGGAACUGGAGAACAAAGGAGAAUCAGAAGGUGAAGAGGAUGAGGAGGACACAGAACCCUGCCUGACUGGAACCAAAGUGAAAGUAAAAUAUGGACGUGGCAAGACUCAAAAAAUUUAUGAAGCCAGUAUUAAAAGCACAGAAAUUGAUGAUGGAGAAGUUUUAUAUUUAGUUCACUACUACGGUUGGAAUGUAAGAUACGACGAGUGGGUGAAAGCUGAUCGGAUUAUCUGGCCUGUGGACAAAGGAGGACCAAAGAGAAAACAGAAGAAAAAAACAAAAAGCAAAGAGGACGGUGAAAAGGACGAGAAGAAGGACGAGGAGAAACAAAAAUCCAAGCGUGGGCGACCCCCUCUGAAAUCUACUCUUCCCUCCAACACAUCUUGCAGCUUAUCCAAAACAGCCACCAGUGAAGCAGCACCUCGCAGGCAGACGAGACGUAGCUCAGGAAUGUUUGAUUCUGAUAGAGGAUCAAACGACUCUGGCACAUCUGACAGUGAAGCAGAUGAGUCACCUGAAAAGAAUUCGAACGAAGAAUUUUCUCCAGAAACUUCAGAACUGGAAAAAGGCGAAAAACUCCACGAUGAGAAGUUGGAUGAAGAGAACCCAAAGAUCCCUCACGCGCUGAAAGAGAACGACAGGACUCAAGGGCAGCCACUAGAAACACUGAAACUGGAAGUUGAGGAAAGUGAACAGAUAGUUCAGAUUUUCGGAAACAAACCGGAUCAAAUCGAAGAAAUCAAAAGAGAGGUUGAAAAAUCGCCCAAGGGAAAAGGGAGAAGGAGCAAGACAAAAGAUCCCUCUCUAGAGAACGCCAAGGUUGCGCCAGGAGGCCAAGAAGAGGCGGCAAAUGAAUCUCUUACGGAACCUGAAAGGUUGGAUGGGUCUUCCUUGGACUGUAAAGAAAGUUCCAGCACUCCUGAAAGCGAGACAGAACCUUCUACGAAAGAUAAGAAGCUUUUGAAAAGGAAAACUCUGGAACAGGCGUCGCCCGAGAAGAGAAAUCGGCGAGAGAGCGAGAUGGAAGUGCCAAAUAUCGUGUCUGAGGAGAGGACCAGUGAAUGUACCGGGGCAGAGGAAUGUAGAGGCACCAACGCUGAGGAGCCCCUCAGAGCUGGCCACGAGGAGAUGCCAGCCCUGGUGGCAGAACCAGCCCCCCACGGGCAGGAGCCGAGGAGUGACAACUUCCAACGUGUCACUGAAGCCAACGAGAACGUUCCCUUGAAGGACGAGGACGAUGCGAUGCCCCAGAUCGGGCCCGAGACUCUGCUGUGCCACGAGGUGGACCUGGACGAUUUGGACGAGAAGGAGAAGAGCGGGAGUGAAGAUGCAGCGGCGGAAAAGCCGGAUCCCGGCGCUCCAAACCCCCAGCCCUCUGCCUUCCCCCCCGCCGCCCCCUCGGCCUUCCCGGUGGCCUCUCCCCUGGCCCUCAGCCAGGACGAGUCGCGCAGCGUCAAGAGCGAGAGCGACGCCACCAUCGAGGUGGACAGCGUGGCCGAGGAGUCCCAGGAGGGGCUCUGCGAGAGCGAGUCUGUCAAUGGCUUCGAGGCCAGCACCACCUCGAGCAAUUGUAGCAUUGCUGUGCAAGAGAGGGAGAUGGGGGAGAAAGGUCAAAAAAGACCCAGUGACAGCAACACUGGAACGCUGGCAAAGAAACAGAAGCGAACUCCAAAGCGAAGCAGCACUGCAGCCAAAAAUGAGAAGAAUGGAACAGGACAAAGCAGUGACAGUGAAGACCUUCCUGUGCUGGACAGUUCCAGUAAAUGUACUCCUGUCAAACACAUCAACGCAGCCAAACCCCAGAAGAUUUCCCGCUCUCCUGCCAGGGUGAUUUCCCCUCACAUCAAAGAUGGGGACAAGGACAAACACAGGGACAAGCACCACCACCAGAAUGCUUCCCCCAGAGUCUACAAGUGGAGUUUCCAGCUCAAUGAACUGGACAACAUGAGCAGCACUGAAAGGAUCUCCUUCUUACAAGAAAAACUGCAGGAGAUAAGAAAAUACUACAUGUCCUUGAAGUCAGAAGUAGCAACCAUAGACAGGAGAAGGAAAAGAUUGAAAAAGAAAGACAGAGAAGUGUCCCACACAGGAGCAUCCAUGUCCUCUGCCUCCUCAGACACUGGGAUGAGCCCCUCCUCGUCCUCUCCUCCCCAGAACGUGCUGGCUGUGGAAUGCAGGUGAUGCCCCUUGCUCUGCCCUGCCACGGACACAAACCCUCAACUUCAGCCCCAGGAAAAGCACUCGACUGGUUUGACAUUGCCAAGAACAUCCUGUCCACACUUCCACUGCUGGACUCUACCUGUUCUCCCCCCUCCCCCUCCUCUUCUUUUGUUUCAUUUACCCUUCCCAGAAGCUCAUUGGUAACUGAAGGUUUGUAGGCACAAAGUGACAUCCUUGUCAUCGUGUUUGUUUUAUUUUUUUCUUUGUUUCUCGUUCGUUUGUUGUUUUGUGUUGUCUUUUUUUU